AUGGCAUCCCCAGGGAGACGACCCCAAGAGCCAGUGAGGCCCGAGAAAGAGGAGCUACAGGAGACAGUGGACACCUUAUCAGGGCAUCAGACGUCAACUGAGGAUGCUUUAUUGCACAUCACAGACCUCAAGGAGAACCACAUGAAUCUCUCUGAAGAUCCUCUGACCAAAAGAGAGAACCUUCCAGAUAAGAAGCUUCUGAGCUUGGCAUCGGGGGGUUUGGCCCUGCAAGGGAUCUAUCUGACCAACAACCCUAAUGAUCUGUUGGACCAGCGAGAGGCACUGAUCAGGGUUCCUGAGGACUUCACUCUCCUUGGCGCAGAGGAGCAGUCGAGGUUUGAGAAGAAGGAAUUUUCCUGUCCUCAAGCAGAAGCCACAUUCACACAGUCAAUGGAAAAACUGGGCAUCAGUCUUAGCUGCUCAGAGGAGGGCAGGGGGUGGAGCUGUGAGCUGGAAAUCAGGUCUGAUUUCAGCAAAUCUUCAGAAUCCAGAAGCAGCAGCAGGUCCUGUUCUGAACACACUUACAGCUGCACAACCCAGUUCAGCUAUGUCCCAUUGGCCUCUGCUCAUCUUGCGCAGGAACAGAUAAGACUUUCCCAAGAGGCUCUUGAGGAGCUCAAAUCCAUCGAGGAUCUUGUGGGCCUCGCUGAGGGUCCAGCCAGGCUCCAUGCCCUGAGGAGCAAGUGUGAACGCUUCUUCUGCAGGUUCGGCUCCCACAUCAACCAGGGCCCCCUGCACCUUGGGGGGAUAUUCUGGUGGAAAGCCGUGGUGGAGGGCUUCAGGGAGGAGCAGCGGGAGGACGUGAGGCGACAGACGUGUAAUGCACUGGAGUCUUACAUCAGGAGCGGCUACAGUGACUUGGGUAUGAAGGUGACAGCAGAGGUGGGGGGGUCCCUUUCAGAAAUAUCGUUCAAAAGUAAGGAGACCAAGAGCCUCCAAAUGGACAUCCAGUUGUCUGUAACCAUGACAGGUGGCCCCUCGGAUGUGAACUCUCUUACCCGUUGGAAGGCAGGGAUGGUAGCCAGUAACAAGACCUGGUGUGUGAUUGACCGAGGCCACAGACUGCUGUCCGUGUGGGACCUGAUCCUGUCCAAUCACAGACAAGAUUUUCAGGAUGUUCUUCAAGUGAGUCACCAGCUUGUGGAGGCCUAUACAGCACUGACUGGCAGAAGUGAUGGGAUUCCAUGUGCAAAAGGUUUAUGGAGUAAGGAGGAAGAGUUCAGUUCUUUCUUAGCAGAUGUAAAAUCAUGGGAAGUCACUGACCCUGAGAAGCAGUUGAAGAAGUUGGUGGAUUUCAUGCAAAAGCUGAAGGAGCAAUCGAAAAAUGAUCAUUCCUGGAGUCACAUCUGCCUCUCAGAUCGGGCUGUGCAGGAUUUCCUGGUGAACACAGCCACCGUUUGCAAGGACCUCCCUCCCCAGGACACCAAACUCACUCGGUCCCACCUGCGCCUCCUCCUGGACCCUCAUGUCCACUCCGUGCCAAACUUCCCCCAGGCUGCCUGGCUCCUACAGUGGGUCUGCAACCGAGAGGAGACACAGCGGCCCCGGACCGAUGGCUCUGAGUUUGCUGAAUUCAUCCAGAUCCUAAAGGAAAUCCAGAAAGGUGUCCUCAGGGUGGACCCUGACUCUGUGUCCCCUGCAUCGAUGGAGGAAGCUCAGAAACAGGCCACAGCUGUGGUGGGAUCUGCACUCAGUUCCCUGCUGCAGAUUCUCAGAGCCACAGACCAAUCAGACACGGAGCUGCUGCUCCUGUCCAUUGCAGCUGCAGCAGGCUACGUGGCAGAAAGCCAAACCUUUGGGGGCCUCCUAGGGAGGGAAGAGACAAACUUCUUGUUACAGGAAAUGCCAAAAGCUCAUGAGACUCACUUGGCCCUUAGAAGGCAGUGUGGGCACAAGGCACAGGCCUUCCUGGUGCUCACAGGUCUAACCAUCACCUCAGGGCCCACAGCCCUGUCCCACCAGCAGAAAGAGAAACGUUUGAGUGUUAUGAGAGAGCACCUGGGACAGUCCUUAUCCACAGAAGUUGCCGAUGUCCUUUCCCGAGCAGGUGUCGAUUGGGAAUCUCUGGAGAGAAACCUGAAGUCCUUCAUCAUGGGAGAUGGUGAAGUUGCAGUCAAUUCUCUGACAAAUGACUUGGGGAGAAGAGAAAAGGAAAGUGUCUUUCAGGACAAGAAACAGAUGAAUGGCCCAACCACUGGAACCAGAGACGAGCAGGCAGGAAGUGUUAGCGAGCAGGGAGAGAGAGACAAUCGAGACUUUCUGAGCCUGAUCCAGCAGCUGGGCCUGGACCGGUACUACCCACGAAAGAUGGGCAGAGCUGAUUUCCAUCUGAUUUAUAAAGCCUCCGUGCAUGACAGUCAGCCCCACACUGACCAGGAAUUACCAUUUUAUUUCCUGCAAAAGCUGCUGAUGCUGGACUAUCGACUGAGGUAUCUGGUUUGCAGGGAUGAUGGGAAGACAACAUUAAUGGCAACUGAGUCCCUGAGCCCUACAAGGAACAGAAGUAACUCCUCAGACCCUUUUGAAGACCUUCUUAACAUGAGUGAAGUAGCUCUUGACUCCCCUGGUAUCACUAAGAUACAUGUCCACCCAAUGGAUGUCCAGAUGGCAAUUUUCCACUGUGCAGACGAUUUCACUAGACAAUAUAUUUCAAACAAACUUUCGAUCUGUCAAUUUGCUCUUCCAUUUGUGGUACCCAAUAGCUGUACUUCCCAAAUUGAAUUUCCUCUCUGGUCUCUGCGACAAGUCAAGAAGAGCUGGCGAAGGGUGGAGAAAUUAGGGGAGGAGAAGAAGAUGAAAUAUAAUAGCAAACUGAUUUGUGAAACAGCCACCCCAAUUGUGUCCUUCCUAAGAGUUGGAAAUUCCUUCUCCUCAUCCAAGUCCCAGCUCCUAAACUCACUGCUGAGUAAACAGAAACACGACAUAUUUUUCCACCGUCACUGCAGGGGGAGCAGCAAAGAUGUUCUCCUGAUGGGAGGCGUGGUGGAGGUCUGCUGGUACUGUCCUGGGGGGAAGGACGAUGACAGCUUUGAUAAUUGCAUCACCUUCACCAAUCUCCAUGGAGACGCCAUACAGCAUGAGGCCCAGCUCAGAUUUCUGCAGGAAAUCUCUUCCGUCACCGUUGUCCUGUUGUCGGCUUUUGAGGAAAGCGAGAGGAACAGGCAAAUUGUGCGUGAGCUCUGGCGAUUGCCAAAACCUUUAAUCUGCCUCUUUGAUGACAGAGAGAAGAUGAAGGGUGGUAAACGUGGCCUGAAAGUGAAAAUUGGGAUUAAGAGCCGAAACGAAGCAGAAUUAAUGGAGGAACUGAGAGCCACAAUCACACACCUCCUGGAGGUUCAGGGAACAGCCCUCAGUCCCGUUGGCUGUGCCGAGAUUGCUCGCCGGCAUGGGUUCCUCGUAGAUGAGGACCGGAAGGAAUGCAAGGAGGCUGAAACGCUCGUCCAGACGCUGGUGUCUCUCCUGACAGAAAACAAGUUGUCAGCAGUGAAAGAAAAGUUUCUGCCUCUCCAAGGAGAAUUAUGGCACCGGUGGUGUAAAAAGGACAGGGAACUCAGCCAUCUGCGAGGGAAAGGGAACAAAAACAUUGAACAACACAGGAGUGAGAUUGAGGCAGAAAAGCAGGAAAUCCGGAAUACUCAGCUACACAAAGCAUUUCCUCUGAAUGAUCUGAUGAGGUCUGUGGUUGACAUUCUACAGGCCCAGUCAAAGACAAACUCCAAGCUGUAUUUUCUGCAGUGGCUGAGCAUUUUUAUGGAUAAUCUGACUGCGGGUCAUCUGGAAAUCCUUCAACAGAAAUAUGAUGGACUCUGGUCUCAGAUGCCAAUAAAAAAGGAGAAAGGGUCAGACAGUGACCCGGGGCAGCAUUUGCAAGGUAAAUUAGAAGUGAUCUCCAAGGAAAUAGAUGACUCUACAAUUGGGAUUGAUCACUUCCUAAGAGAGAUUGGACAGAUUUAUGAAGCUGUGGAUAAACAUUCACCUGAAAAGGACACCCUGAUGCAUUCCCUUCCCCAGAUUGCUGCUGACCUGAUGGUUGCUGGGUAUCCCCUUGAGCUUAUGGAUGGGGAUGCUUCCUAUGUGCCCCUGAAAUGGGUGGCAGCUGUUUUUGACAGGUUAACUGAAACCCUGGGAGACAAAAGGCUGUUUGUGCUUUCUGUACUGGGUCUCCAGAGCAGUGGGAAGUCCACACUGCUGAAUGCCAUGUUCGGUCUGCAGUUCGCUGUCAGUGCUGGGAGAUGCACCCGAGGAGCCUAUAUGCAACUCCUCGAGGUGCAGGAGAAGGUCAGGGAAGACUUGGGCUUCGACUUUGUGCUUGUGGUAGACACUGAGGGUCUCCGGGCCCCAGAGCUUGCCAAUAAAUCACUGAAUCAUGACAAUGAGCUGGCAACCUUUGUCAUCGGCCUCGGUAACCUGACCGUGAUCAACAUUUUUGGAGAGAAUCCUUCGGAAAUGCAGGACAUUCUGCAGAUCGCAGUCCAGGCCUUCCUGAGAAUGAAGAAAGUGAGACUUUCUCCCAGCUGUGUGUUUGUGCAUCAGAAUGUGGGGGAGGUCACGGCUAAUGAUCAGAAUAGGGAAGGACGCAGGAGGCUCCAGCAGAGACUGGAUGAAAUGGCGGCGGCCGCGGCGGAGCAAGAACAGAUUUCCGACAUCACCCGGUUCAGUGACGUGAUCCGGUUUGAUGUGAACACCCACGUCCAUUUUUUUUCUCACCUGUGGGAGGGGAAUCCCCCCAUGGCCCCUCCCAAUCCCAGUUACAGCCACAAUGUUCAGGAUCUGAAGAGCUGGAUUCUUACAGUGGCAAAAGAGGAAUCUCAAGGCCGCAUCUUGCGGCUGACAGGUUUGAAGAACCGGGUCCAGGAUUUGUGGAGAGCCUUGGUAAAUGAGAAUUUCAUUUUUAGCUUCAGGAAUACUCGGGAGAUUGUGGCCAUGAGCAAGCUGGAGACAGUGUAUAAUGGCUGGACCUGGAAGUUGAGGAGUCACACAUUGGCCUUACAAAAUGAACUGAACAACCAGAUUCAGAAUGGAAAAAUAAAAAAUCUCACUGCGUGUCAUCUUGAGGGUCCAGUGUCAGAGAAAUACAUGGCUAUCCAACAGGAACUUGAAAAGUAUUUCGAUGAAGAUGAAGAUAGUGAAAUACUGAUUCAGUGGAAAGCGAGUUUUGCAACUAAAUUGCAAAUUCUUAAAGGUAUGCUUGUCUCGGAAACAAGAAGAAGAACUGAGGAACUCAUUACCUUCAAAAUCAGUCAGAGUGAACUGGACAAGAAGAAAUCAGAAUAUGAGAAUGAGUUGCUGGACAGGAGCAGAGAGCUUGCUCUGUCACUACAAGGUAAAGAAUUUUGUGAGAAGGAACUGAGAGUGAAGUUUGAUGACGUCUGGUCAAAGUGGGUCACGAAACUGUCCUCCACUCUUCCUCUAGGCAAUGAUCCUGACAUCAGCUUAGAUUUGGAGAAUAUCCUCUUGAACCAUUUCCAACAGGAACAUAACAUCGCAGACAUAAUUGGAGAUAUUUCCAGAAGGGAAAUAUUCUCCAUCGAUUACUCCAAAUAUGUGAAAAUGAAUAAGAAAUAUCAUAUUUUCAAUCUCAAAUUGUACAAAUUCACACUAGAAGAGGGUGAUGAAAUGAAUAUCAGAAAAACUACUGAGCAAAUCACGGACAUUGUCAAUGAAAUCAUUGGUUCCAAAGAGAAGCUGAGGGCAGGCUACCAUUCCAGUUUCUUCCAUGAAAUUCUGAGAGCAAUAGACACAGAGGUGGAUUCUGCAUCUCGUGCUGAAAGAUAUACUUUUACAAAUCAGUAUAAGUUAGAUUUGUCCAUGCAUCUAUGCCAAACAGCAGUAGAGAGAUUCCGGAAGAUGCACAAAGCAUUCAAGAGAGCAAAUGAUCCUGUCACCUACCUAGAAAGUAAGAGGGAGGAUUUUUUCAUGAGUUUUAAGAUUUCCUGCCAAGGAGCCAUCUCCAUCACAGAUUUUGCUGAUUUUCUGUGGGAUAAAGUAUCUUCUGCUCUCCUUAGAGCAGUCUGGGGCAAGACAGCCAUCGAUCUUGCUGGCGACAUGAGAUCUAACUUCUUGGCCUUCAAAGGCAACAGAUCAAACCUGGAGAAACACAUCCUGAUCUCACUGGUGAAAGAAGAAAGCUUUGAGAAUUAUUGGCAGUACAUCCACUCUCCCAGGGCAUUUUUCAAGAACUACAUUAAGAAACGGGUUGAGGCUUACUGUUCAGCCCGAGAUGGGAAAAAGCUGAAGGCUUUUGUAACUCGCAGUGUUCAGAGUUUCAAGGCAGACAUUCUCGCAGCUAUUAACCAAUCAACAGAUGCUACCAAGACCAGGAAUGGGUCUGUGUCCAUGUGGCUGGAUGAAUUUUGUCAACGCCUUGGGGGUCGCUUAACCCUUCCAAGAGGAGACCUGAAAAGCAUCGAACAUCAGGAGAUCAAGGACAUCGAAUUCCUCAGGGAGGCAGUGAUCAGAGCUGUGAAUGGCCCCCCACCUCCCGCCCUGCAGAUGGGGGAACCAGACUGGGCUGGCAGAGCUAUGGAAGAAGUGGUCCCGAAGGUCCAGAAGAUGCUUUCUGACCAGCUCUGCGGCUGCUGGAAGCAAUGUCCCUUCUGCAAGGCCAUCUGUACCAACACAGUCACUGAUCACGACGGAGACCACAGCGUCCCCUUCCAUCGCUCUAAGGCAGUCAAUGGCUUCAACUGGCAUCAGACAGAUAACUUCUCCAUUGAUUUUUGUACUAGUUCAGUAGCAAGUGAUUGUAACUUAGUGUUCAAGGAUGGCCGAAGCAUCCCGUACAAGUCGUAUCGCCAGGCUGGAGGGGAAUAUGCCACGUGGAGCAUCACCCCAGACACAUCCGCCCAGCCCUACUGGAAAUGGUUUCUGUGCCGCUUCCGUGCCCAGUUAGAAGAGAAGUACAAUAAAAGAUUCAAGGGCCAGGGUGAAAUACCUCAUGCGUGGACAAGGAUAACCAAGGAAGAAGUGAUUGCUGAUCUGAAUUCCCUAUAG